ACUAUUGUUUUGGUGGUUGAAAAGUUGAAAUAGAUAGAAAGAAGGAAGUAGAAGAAGGGGAAAUUAGGAGACAAUGAGCGGGGGGAGUAACUUAAACUCAGUGUUCUACGCUGACUCAUAUCAUCCCAUCCAAGCCGGAAGCAUAGACGCCACCGAUGUCCUUCCUCACGACAACGCUAUAUAUAGAGCCCAUCUCUGCAACUCUGCUGCUCUUUAUGACCCCUUCGGCGAUCCCAAGCUCCUUGGAGACCCUUACUGCACUCUCUUUGUUUCUCGCCUCAAUCACCAGACCACCGAACAUACUCUUCGCAAGGCUAUGAGCAAGUAUGGCCGGGUGAAGAAUUUGCGCUUGGUUAGGCACAUUGUAACUGGUGCCUCACGUGGUUAUGCUUUUGUUGAGUUUGAAACAGAAAGAGAUAUGCGCCGCGCAUUCAAGGAUGCUCACCAUUCAAUUAUUGAUGAUUCUGAAAUUAUAGUUGAUUACAACAGACAGCAGUUGAUGCCAGGCUGGAUUCCGCGAAGGUUAGGAGGAGGACUUGGUGGUAAGAAGGAAUCAGGACAGCUUCGUUUUGGAGGACGAGAGAGACCAUUUCGUGCUCCCCUGCGACCAAUCCCGUAUGAUGAUUUAAAAAGACUGGGUAUUCCACCUCCACCUGAAGGAAAAUACAUGUCACGGUAUCAGGUCCCAUCUCCACCUAGAAGAGAAAGGAACAUAGCUGACAGAGAAGAAGUAUCUCAUAAGAGUAGGUCCGAAGAUAGGGAUGGACAACUUAGCAAAAGCAGUCCUGUGAAUAGGGAAGAGCAAUAUCAUAAGAGGAGAUCUAUGGACCGGGAAAAGCGCUCUCGUAGGGACUCUGAGGAGAGAGGUAAAUACUAUGUUGAAAGGACUUCUAUGGACAGGCUUGAUUAUUCCUCGCGUUCUGUAGAAAGAGAUGAACACCAUUACAAUAGGAAGUCUAUAGAUAAAGAUGUCUCUCACAAGAGAAGCUACAAUAAUAGGGAGGAACAGCGCUCUCACAAACGACACAAAUCCCACCAGAGUGAGAGAUCUACUGGUUCAUAAAAUGCUCGAGGCUAUAGAAGUGCAAAGUGAGACACAAGGGAUGAUGCUAUUGGAUAAAAUUGAACCAUGUGUCCGCGUAUGUCCUAGAAAAUAAAUUCAUUUUGCUGUUUGAACUAUUUGUAAGGUACUUUUAUGAUUUCAUAUAAUACCAAUGUUAUAAUAUAAUCUUUAAUUAAUUAGAAAAGUUGGAAGAAUAGAACAUUGGAAUUCUUUCAUCUUAAAAUCUAAUAGUUUGUUUGGAAUAAAUAUUGGUUUAAGUUUAUUUUUUAAAUA